AUGCGUUCUAUUGGCAAGCGGGUUAGAACGCUUCUAGAUUCUCUCGCAUCAAUAAUUUUACCUGGAACAAGUACAGCGGAAAUUGAAAGUUUCGUUGUUGAUUUCUGUCUAAAGCACUCCUUGUACCCCUCCCCUUUAGGUUAUAAGGGUUUCCCUAGGUUAGUUCUCAUCUUGAGCUCAGGCGAGUUUUUUGCCUACAAAUUUACACAAUUCUCAUCUCUGCGAGCAUCUCAUGCAUUCCUGAAGAUUUGAAUUCUGAUGACCGACCAGUUUUAUCUACCGACCUAUUGAAAUGUAAAUUUAAUUUUGGAGAAUCGUUUUUGGCGAUUUAGUUCGCUCUUCCCACCUUUUUGCUACAUGUCAGUUGUUAAGUUUUAAAAUUCAACGCUAAUUGAGUAAUUAUGAAAUUUUAAAUGAGUACAUAGCCUCUUACUACAGGUGGUAACGGUUAGAUCGAAGUCUCCAACGUUUACGGGGAUUUCGUGGGAAUAUGAUGGAAGCGUAAGCACAGCUCCCCCGCCCAAUUAGGGGAAAACAAAAGGAAGGAGAUGAGGAAAUCCUCAUCGACUAGUGAACAAAUUUUGCUCUUUAAGCGCUCUAUUACGUCGGUGCCGAACAAAUCUGCAUGCAUUUACUCUCCUGAGCCUGCUUCGUCAGGCGCAAGACCUUGCUUAUUACCAUGCAGUUAUUAGCAGAGGUCCCUUCUUUCAUCCGCCAUCUGUGGACGCUUAAUUGAUUAGUCUCGGGGAUAGCACACAGAUCUGGUCAUCUUGGCUUCCUACAUUUCCCUCCGAGAUAAUUAAGACCUUUCUUCUUCGGGUAAUGCUGUUGCUUUAGCUGACGGGCCUCACCUUGAAAUUAAAAAGCCAACACCUUUCGUUUUCACCGGUUGAUAAAACCUUGAUGGGUCACCGUCUCAUAUGUUUCGAUUGCACAGUCCGUUGGUUAAAAGGCGGGCUCGUUCGAGAUGCUACAUCUGUUUUCUGUGCUGACUGUCUAAAGUUGAACAGAUGUAAUUACGUCGGACCCGCCAAGAGUACUAGAUUUCGGCGGUUUUCGUCAAGAAAUGGACAUUUUGAGGGCCUAGCUGUUGGUGGCAGAGCAUGGGCUGCCCCUGUCCGUGGUGUCGUAAACCCUGAAGUCAGCAAGGCUAACAGUGCCGAAACAAGCUCAGACACUGUACUUAACUGAGGACCAGGUCGAUAGCACAAGGAGUCUGGUUUGCCGUUUCAGGUCACACAAACCCAUUUUAAGCUGUACAGUAAACCUUUUAAGAGUUUGACGGAAGCACCAAAUAUGCUAACCCUUUGUUGCUUCGUCGGAUAUACAUGGUCAUUAAAUUCACCUUAUAUCCACAGGUUGAUUCCUGCCGAAGUUUUGCUGCGAGGCCUUAACCGUUUUCAGUGCCUAGGGUCUGUCACGCAACUUGGUUGGAAUAACGAUAAUUGUUUGCAGGUGUACGUUGCCUUUAAGGCAUUCAUCUUUCAUAGCGUUUUGUCAGGCGCUUAGAAAAGUGAAGGCUCCUUUCACAUUUUCUUUAUGCGAUCCUUUCUCAGUUAUGGCUGAAAUAUAGUCAUUAUGGUUCUGUUAUACUAAGUCCCAAGAGUUCUUUUGGGGAUGUAUUCCCCGUUUGACUACCGUAACAUAUCGACCUCAGAGCCUCCACAUUCCAUACACAAAUGUCUUCCUAACUCAGUAGGACGCGUUCUUGUCACUGCUGUCCGUUACGCACAUUACACUGUUCUGAAAUAUAAACUCACAUUAUACAACGCAAACACUACCUGAAUCCUCUUUUCCAAACUCUUUCAGUAGAAUUCAAUUUCGUUGAGUCACUGUAGGCAAAUAAGGCUAGCUAGCGCCAUCAGGAAACUACGUAUAAGGUAGUAACUACACCAUCCGUUAGCAGUGGACAUCCAAAGUAACUUCCUGGUUGCCGAAUCUGCGAAUUUGAAAUGACUAUUAACCAUACCACCUCCUACAGUCAGUUACUGUCUUUAUACUCAAUAUUGAGUACGAAAUUUUCAUUCGAGAACGCUGUUUUCAAAAUCGUUUGUUAAGGUAAUUUCUCAUAUUUAACGGAUGAUAUCUACGCUGCUGCACGUUUUGAUACUCCCUGUUCAGGUCUUCAUUUGUAGAGCUUGGACUCUUACCAUUCAUUUAUCUUCACAUCUCCCUCUUGCUUAUUGUAGCACGGUAUGCACUUCCGUGAACGAAGUAGCCAUUCACGGUCUACCUUCAAAAGAUUGUAUUUUACGUGCGGAUGACUUGAUUUCGGUGGAUGUCUCUCUUUACGAUGGUCAGGUUCAUGGCGACGCUUGCGUCACGUUCCUUGUUCCGAGCGAAUCUCGGCUGCGCACGACUCCGACGGGAAUUAGCGAUCUCCUGUCUUGUGCCCAAAAGUGCUGCCAAGCUGGAGUCUCUGUCUGUGGUCCAGGCGUCCCUUAUCAUUGUAUUGCUGAGGCCGUUACCCAAGCAGCUCUCAAUUGUGGCAAUUUCCGUGUUGUGGCCGGCAUUAACGGUCAUGGAAUCGGAACCUACUUCCAUGGCCCUCCGGACAUCUGCCACUGUAUCUAUGAAGAGAGAUCAGAUGACUAUGGUGUCAUGUGUCCAGGUCACGUCUUUACAAUUGAGCCCUGUGUAGCAGCCCCAUCAGCGUCGUCUGAGGAAGGUGCAGUUGAGAGUUAUGUUGCACUUCCCUUCACUCAGCCGGAUGGCUGGUCUGUACGCACAUCUGACCGUGCUCUGACUGCGCAGUUUGAAGAAAUGGUUUUGAUAACAGACGAUGGUUAUGAUCUCCUCACCAGAUAA